AAAUGAAUCCCCAAGGCUGUACAUAGACUCACUGAAACAAAACUUCAUUGUUGGAGAACAGGCUGAGGUCACAGUUUCUGCAGAGGAUGGCGAUAGCGACACUGUAAGUGUGAUACUUACAUCGGAUUUACCAGAGGGUGCAGCUUUUGACAACGAAACAGGAAAGUUCACAAUGACACCAGAAAAUAUGGUACCAUUUAACCUGUCAUUCAUAGCUAUAGAUGGCUUGGGUGCACGGUCUCCUGAAUCUCGAAUUACAAUAUGGAUUUGCUCAGGAUGUUCCAGCAAUGGAGAGUGUAAUUUUGAAGUAGAGGCAGAUGAACAGCCGGUAUCCACUGGUUAUUUUGUCAUAGCACUGUGUGCUUGUGGAGUCGGAUGGGAAGGUGAUAAUUGUGAGAAUGACACUGAUGGAUGCGAGG